AGAUACAAUACAAAUCACACCUGUCAAUCACUCUGCCUGUCCUCUGCUGUGAAACUCUGUUGUGUGUUAACACAAGGCGUACAAGAGGAGUGUGAUGGUUGUACAAAUGGAUCAAUGGUCUGUGCUGAAAGGCUGCAGUCGGGCAGAGGUGGAGAUUUGACAUGAGAGCUCUGAUCAACUCCAGAGGUUCACACUGCUGGACAUCUGGUAGUUUUAACAGCAGUUGGCACAGUGAUACAUGGAAACACAACACAAGAGAAGCAUGAGGCAACACUGCGCUCUCAAACAUGGAAUACUCAAGGAAUUCCUGGCAGAAUUCCUGGGAACAUUUGUUUUGGUUUUGUUUGGAUGUGGCUCAGUCGCUCAGACCGUCCUCAGUCGAAACACCCUGGGUGAGCCUCUCACCAUCCACAUCGGAUUCUCUGUAGGACUGAUGAUGGCAGCGUAUGUUGCUGGUGGAGUGUCAGGGGGCCAUGUGAACCCUGCUGUGUCUCUGGCCAUGGUGAUUCUGGGCAAACUGAAGAUCUGGAAGUUUCCCUUCUAUGUCAUCGCUCAGUUUCUUGGUGCUUUUGCUGGAGCUGCUGCAGUCUUUGGGUUAUACCACGAUGCUUUCAUGGACUUCACCAGUGGGAUUCUGUCAGUGACGGGAAUCAAUGCAACAGGUCACAUCUUUGCUUCCUACCCUGCGAGACACCUGUCAGCCCUCGGCGGCUUCAUCGAUCAGGUGGUGGGGACAGGUAUGCUGGUCUUGUGCAUCCUGGCUAUCAUUGAUGGUGGAAACAUUGGAGCUCCCAAAGGCGUGGAGCCGCUGGCUAUUGGUCUGAUCAUCAUGGCCAUUGGUGUGUCCAUGGGGCUGAACUGUGGCUACCCCCUGAACCCUGCCAGAGACCUGGGACCCCGACUGUUCACAGCUGUAGCAGGAUGGGGGAUGGAGGUCUUCAGCACUGCAGACUACUGGUGGUGGAUCCCUGUGGUGGGGCCCAUGGUGGGGGGCGUAGUCGCGGCCGUCAUCUACUACCUGUUCAUUGAGCUGCACCACCACCGUGAUGAGCCGGAGAAGCCCCACGAAGAGGAGGAGGAGGACGAGGAAGAUGAGGAGGACGAGGACAUCAGUCUGAAGGAUAAAUAUGAGAUGAUCACCAUGAGCUAAAAAAGGAUAUUAACCUCCAGGACUAACUGGUUAGAAUCAGCUGUUUUACUGUCAGUCAGGUGAAGUGGAACACCACACAAGGCUUCCUCUGUCAGUGAGCUCUCUUUGGCAAAUCCGUUAAUAGCAGGAUAGGCUGUAGUUACUCUUCUGCUUGACUUUAUGCUCUGCAGAGACAAGCUUUUCAGCUCAGUGUUGACAACAUUAGAACAUUCACAUUGACAACAUUGUGUCAAAACACAAAGUAAAAUAAAUUAGGAAACGUUUUAGAUAGAAAAACUGCAGAUAAAUAAGCGAUCUGCGAUUUAACUUUUUAUGUUUCAUGUUUCAUAAACACAUUCUCAGUCAUGUGUGCUUCACAUUGUUAUGACUUUUCAUGUUGUAAAUACUGUAUUAUAGAUAUUAGACGCAAAAUACCCUUUGGCUCUAUUCACUUGGAAACAAUUGGUACUGGACUAAUAGUUUUACACGCCUGCCAGUCUCAUUUUAGGUUUGCUCCCAUUUUCUUCAGUGGUUGUGAUGAUAUUAUCUGUAUAUUCACUUAAAACUUUUUUGUUUUUUUUGUUUUAACUUAUAAUUCUUUUCUUCUAUUGCAAACCUCCUGUUGACUAUUAAUAUUUGUAUUUUACUCAGUGUUGUUUUGUCUACAUUAAAGUUUCUACAAAUAUCGA